ACUCGUCUAGAAGAAAAUUGAACCAAUAAAAAAACGCCACGUAUAGGUCACAAAUCCUAUUCGUAAAAACACCAGGACACCAGAUCACAACCCUAUAAAUAAACUCAAGUGCUCCUCCCUCGCUCUAUCGUUCCCAAAGCUUCAUUGUUAAGAUUCUGGCUCUUCUGCUCUCGUUGAAAAGAAAAGGUAACUCUUCGCUUCGCCGGAGAAGAGCAUCGUUUAGAGUUUUUCUAUACAUCGAAACGCAAGGAAACUCUGUUUCAGUCAUGUCUUCGUCCUCAAAGAAGAUCAUCCUCAAGAGCUCUGACGGCGAGUCGUUUGAGGUCGAAGAGGCGGUUGCGCUUCAGUCCCAGACGAUCAAGCAUAUGAUCGAAGACGAUUGUGCUGAUAAUGGCAUUCCUCUGCCUAACGUGACAAGCAAAAUUCUUGCUAAGGUCAUCGAGUACUGUAGGAAGCACGUUGAUUCCCCCAACCCUGAUGAGCGCGUCGCCGACGACGAUCUUAAGUCUUGGGAUGCAGAGUUCGUCAAGGUUGACCAGGCCACGCUCUUUGACCUUAUUCUGUCUGCAAACUACCUUAACAUCAAGAACCUGCUUGACUUGACAUGCCAAACUGUGGCUGAUAUGAUCAAAGGAAAGACUCCAGAGGAGAUCAGGAAGACAUUCAACAUCAAGAAUGAUUUCACUCCAGAGGAAGAGGAAGAGGUUCGCCGGGAGAACCAGUGGGCUUUUGAAUGAUUAUUAUAUAUAACUAAGUGGGGAUUAUUAUUUUGAAUUGAAAUGGUUGAAAAUAUGUUCUAGUGGGGGCUUCUAGUUUUACGUUAGUCUUAGUUGGUUAGCUUUUCUCCUCACCUUUCUCUAGUACUCCUUUUAUCUUUUUGUUAUCUUAAUUUUGUCGUCGUUUGAUUUCUGAAACUUCUUUUGGGCCCUCUAAUUGUAAAGAAUUGCUGGAUACUGGUUGGUAUUAUGGUGGUGGUUUGUCUUGCCUAUCAAUUUAUGUUAUGAAAUCUAGUUUUUUCCU